UCGCCAUGGCGGCGGCCGUGGACGAGAGCGCUCUGCCCUCUAUCUCCACUUUCGCCAACUUGAUGCCGCUAGAGGAGCGGCCCGCCGACAUGCUCCACAGGAUGCUACAACAGGAUGGCCCCGCUGCCGUCAAGCGGGAGGAGGAUGACUUGGGCAAGUUCGUGGACUUGGACUUCAUCCUGGCGCACACCAGCAGUGGCGGGCAGGGGCCGACCGGCCCCAACUACCCCCUGCCCGAGACCCCCGAGAGCUGUGGCACCACGUACGACAGCGACGGCUCGUACUCCACGCCGGGCAAGUUCCCGGCGCCUUACCCCGAGGCCCAGGGCCACAGCUACGUGGCUGAGCUGCUCACCCCGGACCUGCCCGGCCACUACGACCCGCAGCGGAGGGAGUACACGGAGCUGCGGGUGCCCGGCGGCCCCCACCACCACCCUCACCCCCAUCACCACCCGCCCCUCCACCCGGCCCUAGCCCGCCCACUGCCCCUGGACCCCGCGCAGUCCUUCGGGCCCCGCAUCAAGAAGGAGCAGCCGGAGGAGCGCGCCUGCAUGAUGGGGAUGUCUGCCGCCGAGUACCUGGGACCAGGCGGCGGCGAGCACAAGCCACGGGUGGCGCCGGGUCCCGGGCCGGGACCGGUACCGGGGCCGCCGCUGCCCUACCCGGGCUUCCCCCACGGCCGCUUGGGGCCCCCCGAGGAGCCGCUGCCUGGCGCCGAUCCCCACCUCUUGGCCGACCUGCCGCCCCACUACGCCGUGGCCCCGCACCGCUAUGCGCCCCACUUCGCUCCCCAGCCGCCACCGCAGUUUCAUGGACAUUUCAGUGUUUUCAGGGAGCCCCUGAAGGGCCCGGGCCCGGCGGGGCUGCCCGGGCUGCUGGUCACGCCGCCCAACUCCCCGGUGCUGGAGUACUUCCCGGCCGGGGCUCCCCCCGAGGACUGCAAGCCCAAGCGCGGCCGCCGCUCGUGGGCGCGCAAGCGAACGGCCACGCACAACUGUGAAUACCCGGGCUGCGGCAAGACCUACACCAAGAGCUCGCACCUCAAGGCGCACAUGCGGACCCACACGGGCGAGAAGCCCUACCACUGCACCUGGGAAGGAUGUGGCUGGAAAUUCGCCCGCUCCGAUGAGCUGACCCGCCACUACCGCAAGCACACAGGGCACCGGCCGUUCCAGUGCCACCUCUGCGAGCGGGCUUUCUCCCGCUCGGACCACCUCGCUCUCCACAUGAAGCGGCACAUGUGAGCGGUGCCUGCGGCCGGACUCGAUGUCCCCGGAGGCAGCUCACGGUGUAAAUAGUGUCGGGCCAGGGAUGGCAGUGGGGAGCAGCCUGGCCACCCAGCCCCCUCCGCUUGUAGUUGAUAACUAGUUUUCUCCUCCUGCUCCUGUGAGAGCUGGCCCAGCCAAGUGGUGGGGAAGGGCUGCUUUGGGGAUGUAUGUGGGGAGCAAAACUGUGAGAAACAUCUGCCCAGUCAUCACCACUCAGCUCCCCAUGCCUGGAGGGUUCCCCCCAGCCAGGUACCCAGUGAGUGGGGGAGCUGGUGCAUAAAGGGGUCUGUCCCCAGAACUCCUGGCUUGUAUUUGGCAUCAGCUUCACCUUCUUCCCCCAGAUUCUGGCACCCCCCUGCCUCUAGGGGCUGUGGUGGCUGACUCUGGCUGCUUUUUGGCUGGAGAACCAUGCCAGUUGGGCACAUUAUAUGUGGUGCUGGGAAAUGGGUUGCUGGUUGUCUCGGUUGUGAUCAUCAGAACAAACCUGACCCAAAGCCCAGAGUGGAUGGGGUGAGGGUGGGAUUUGACUGGCUCAUGGCUAUAAAGGUUUGCAGGUGUUGGCAGCACAGCGUCACCUUGCACAGAGGACAGGGAAGCUCCUGUCACCAGCCUGGGACCCCCCUGGCCAUUCCCAAUUUUCCACUCAAGAGCCUAAAAUGUCUCUCCUGGCUCUUGUCUGCUUUAUUUUGUCUUGUUCUUCCCCUCAGGAUGACACCAGGUACUGCUGCAGCUGCCUUCCCCAUGCUGCUUUUUAAAAUUUAGUAUGUAAAGGACAGUGAGUCCAGCUAUGAAUGCCCAGGUCUCUGCUAUACUUGAAAUUUUUGUAGGGGGGGGGGGGGACAAAAAAGAAAGCUCAAAAGAAAAUGAGUCUUUUUAUGUGCAGCUUCUGCAAAGCAAGUUGUAAAUUAAACAAAGCAGUAAUAUAUAAUGUUUCUCUUUUUUUUAAUAUAUUUUUUUCCAGCUGGGAACACAGAUGAGUCUCAGCUUUGGGAAGUGCACUGUUCCCAUCUGUGUAUAUUGUUAAUUAACAUUUCUCUGCUUGGGCACGUUAGGUCUCUUGCACUCUGAAAUGUUACUUUUCUUUAUAUGCAAACUGUUGAAAUAUUGUGAUCUGCUGUAUAAUAAAUAAACAAGAUGUAAACAUGAAAGAGCCAGGAGAGUUUACUUUAAAGGUUUCUUCUAAGAGGAGAGGGUGAGGCUGAGCUUGUUUGUCAGUAAAUAUUUACAUCGAUGUUCAUUUCUGCUUAAGUUAGCUGCGGAGGAUCGAUGGGGAACGCCCAAGCCUCGGCAUCUGAGUAGCAUCUCCUGUGCAACAGCUCUUGAGUCACCUCACUUCCCUGUGCCUCAGUUUCCCUAAUCUGCAGAUGGGGCAAUUGCGGCACUGGGAUGGUGUGACUGGUCCUGCGGUGAGUCAUCUCCGAGGAGAAUGGCAGCCGAAACUCCACUGAGAGCCCUGCUGGUCCUGAAUUCUUCCCGAGCAGUCCUGUCCUGCUGUGCCUCACAGUGGGAGCUCUGCAGUACUGGCCUUGUGGUCACAGCCAGCAGGGAGGGGAACGAUGAAUUUCUCCAACCAUCCUGUCCCACUGGAAAGGCUGGCUCUGCUGUCCUGUCCUCCCUAAGCAUCCUGGGAGCUGGAGUGACGGUUCACGGCUGUUUUGAGGUUCAGCUCUGAGAUCAGAGCACAAACCAGUUCUUUCUCGCCUUUCAUCAUUGCUGUGCCAGGGCAGGAGUGAGGUCCGGCUCAGCUGCCACUGCCUACACGGGGAGGCAAGAGCAGGGGAAGGUGCUUUGGGCUCCUCCAAACAGAGGGAUUGCUCCCCUGUGCCUGGGGCAAGGCACUCCUUCAGGCACACGAUGGGGCACAUGGCAG